AUGCGGGAAACGGCUGGGGUAAAACGAAUCGCCCUCGCGCCAUCCACAAACUACGAGCGUCAGCUGCUCGAAGACGCGUUCGAUCGGUUCGGAUGGGAACGCGUGAACUCGCCGCGUGAGGCGACGCUGCAGUGGGGGAAGGCUCGCGAUAUCGACUGGCGGGCGGUGCUCGACGGCGAGCUGGUGGCUAAUAGCUACUACCUCAAGACGGCGUUGACGCGAAAAGCUGAUUUGGCCAAACUCCUGGCCAAACACGCAAAGAUCGUCGGGCCUAACUCUCCAGCGACGUCGGCUGUACCCGAGACGCACGUCAUCGACUUGGACGAUAGCGACGAUAGUGACAAUGAAAGUUCGUCCCUGCCCGCGUGGUUCGCUACCACGGGAGGGGCUUGGGUGCUGAAGCGCUCCGAGUCUAACCGCGGCGAGGACAUAUUUUUUGUGCGAUCUGAGUCACCCGAGGACAGGUUGGAAGCUGAGCGACUCCUGGCGGCUGAUCGCGGCGGGGAGUCGCCAUGGGUGCUGCAGCGGUACAUCAAGCGUCCAAUGCUUGUCGAUGGGGACUUCAAGUUCCACCUACGGGUUAUGGUGUUGGCGAUUGACGAUCUCAGAGUGUUUGUUCACGACGCCGCGGUUGCCCUUUGCGCCGCAGAACGGUUCGGGGAGGAGGACGGCGUGGACCUGAGCAAUAAAUUCGCGCACGCCACGAACCACUGCGUGCAGAAGAAACAUGGGGGGGACGGGAAAACGACAGAAUCCAACUCGUUCACGAUAGAUGAGCUGUGCGAGCGCGUGCGGCUUCCGAAGGACUCGCCAACUGCGGCUGCGUUGUCUGAGUGCAUUCGCAACCAGAUUGACGCCGUCGUGAAGGACCUGUUCUUUGCCGCUCGAAGUCGUGCAUCCCCCGCUGUCGGGUUCUUUCCCAUGGCUGGGUCUUUCGAGCUCUUCGGAUUGGACUUCAUCGUCGACGAGGACGGCAAGGUUUGGCUGCUUGAAGUCAACUCCGACCCAAGCCUCGCGGUGUUUGGCGAGAGGCUUAAGCCGUUGUGUUCGGAUUUGAUUGUCGACGUGGUUCGUGUCGUGAGUGGAGACACGAACAAAGUCGACGGCGGGUUCCGGUUGGUGCUCGAGUUACCGCCCAGGUUUCCAGACGCUACCGAAGCCCGCCGUCGGGUCUCGAAGCUGGUGUCUAUCGUGGGAUCGUUCACUGCCGGCACCUAUGAUGAACAUGAAGGAGGGAAGAAGGUUGCGUCAAUCGCGAUUGGCGCGCCGGGCGCAAAGGGUGCGGCCAAGGCAUUGGCCGCAAGGGAAGAUUGGGAGGUGACGACCAACCCAAACGCCCCGUUGUGUUCGCUACAAUGGGCCCCGCAUCGCACGGUGAGGAUGCGGCAGCUGCGCUCGAAACGGCUGCGGGAGGAGCUUGCAGGUGGCGCUUGA